UUGAAUACAAAAUAUAAUGUAAAGAUUCAAACGUUUAUAUUCGAAGACGAUUCAAUUUAGAUCAUUUUCCCUUUUCUUCAUUAGACGGUCUGAAAAACGACUACUUUUUCUUGAGGAGUCAGGAGUGAUUAUUUAGAUCAAACUGGUCGAUUUUAAUGGUCGCUUCAUAUCGAGAUCUUCCAGUCAGGUUGGUAGACAAUCAUACUGGUAGAACUAGCCAACAUGAAAUCGAUUGGACAACAAUGGUCUUACUCUCACCAACUAGUUAGCCCUUCGCAGUUUGCAGGGUCAAUGACAUGGAUGGCGUCGUAACGAAAGUCAAUUCACGAGAUUGAAGCAAAUGAAGCAAGUAAUAUUUCUAAUCGGGCUACAAUAGAUUUAUAUCGUUUUAACAAAAUAUAUGAGGAAAGGGUGAAACAUAUUUAAAUUAAAAUACAUAUUAUAUAAAUAGAAUGACAAGUCCUCAAGCAAUUCAGACUAUUUUCGAUUGUUUUUUGACUUUUUUCAUCAAACCGUCUGAAAAACGACUACAUUUUCUUGAGGUGCCAGGCACUAUUAUUUAGAUUUUAGAUCAAACUGGUCGAUUUUAACGACUGCUUCGCAUCGAGACCUUCCAGUAAGUUUGGUACACAAUCAUACCGGUUGAACCGGCCAACAUGAAAUCGAUUUUAUAACCAUGGUCUUACUCUCACCAACUAGUUAGCCCUCCGCAGUUUGCAGGGUCGAUGUAAUUGAAAGCCAACUCACGGGUUUGAAAGUUUGCACAAACUUACCAUAUUUUUUACUUAAAUUAACUGUUAAUAUUAGGGGACCGCUUGCCCGAACCGACUCUGAUAUCAUAUCAUAAAUUAGUUGAUCUCAAUAACUCGAAUUAUUGUGAGAAUCUUAAUUAUGCAUUCUAUGCAACUCCUUUACAACUAGAAGCUCGACAUGGCCAGAUGAUGACGUAACUGCUGAUGCAUUCCAUCAGGUUCAUGUUCCCACUGCAAACAAAGAAGAAGAAAAAAAGUUCAAUUGCUGCUUGAGUUCCUUGCCGAAUGUUUCUGUAUUUCCAAGAAGCCAUUGAUUCCUUUUGGAGUUCCAUCGUAGCUAUAUAAACACCAACCAUUUCCCACUUCCAAAAAGCAGAGUACCAAAACGCAGAGUACUAAUUAGCAGAGCAAGCAUGGAGAUCAAUGCUUCCAUAUACUUGUCCAUCGUCCUCGUCUUCCUCGCCAUAGCUUUCAAAUUAUCACACCGCGCCAGAAACAACAACCUCCCGCCGCCGCCGCCCAACCGCCGUGCCCUCCCGGUGCUCGGCCACUUACACCUCCUAACCAAACCCCUCCACCGUUCACUCCACAAACUCUCCCACAACGGCGGCGGCGCAUCAACGCCGAUCAUGCGGCUCAAGUUCGGCUCCCGCCCCGUGGUGGUGGUGUCGUCCGCCGCCGCCGCCGAAGAAUGCUUCACCAGCCACGACGUCGUUCUGGCCAACCGCCCGAACCUCAUGAUGGGGAAGCACAUCGGCUACAACCACACCACCAUGAUCCAAGCGCCCUACGGGGACCACUGGCGCAACCUCCGCCGCAUCGGCGCCGUCGAGAUCUUCUCCGCCGGCCGGCUCAACAACUUCGCCGCCAUCCGGAGGGACGAAGUCCGGAGCCUCGUGCUGCGGCUCGCCGCCGAUCACAAUGGUCACAAGAAUGUGGAGCUGAGGACGAUGUUUCAGGACCUGACGUUCAACAACAUGAUGAGGAUGAUCGCCGGGAAGAAGUACUACGGCGAUGCGACGGCCGCCGGAGAAGACCGGGAAGAGGCGGAGCGGUUCAAGGAGAUGAUGGUGGAGGUUAUGGGCUACGCCGGGGCUUCUAGCAAUGCCGAUUUCUUGCCCGUCUUGAAUUGGCUUGACGGCGGUCGGUUUGAGAGGAAGCUGGCCGGACUUUCCCGGAGACUGGAUGCGUUUAUGCAGAGGUUGAUCGAUGAUCGUCGAGACUCCAGUAGCAAUGACAACACAACCAUGAUUGAUCAUCUCCUGUCGUUGCAACAGUCCCAGCCGGAGUACUACUCCGACCAAAUCAUCAAAGGCAUCAUCCAGAUUAUGUUGCUAGCGGGAACAGACACAUCUGCAGUGACGCUGGAGUGGGCGAUGUCGAACCUGCUCAACCACCCGGAGAUUCUGAGGAAAGCAAGAGACGAGAUCGACGCCCAGAUCGGGGAAGAAGGUCGUAUGGUGGAUGAAGUACUGGACCUCCCCAAAUUGCACUACCUGCAGAAUGUGAUCACCGAAACUCUCCGAUUGUAUCCAUCGGCACCGCUUCUGGUCCCUCACAGCUCAUCCCAGGACUUCACCCUCGGCGGAUACCACGUGCCGCGGAACACGAUGCUGCUCGUCAAUGCUUGGGCCAUUCACAGGGAUCCUCGGGUUUGGGCCGACUCGACGAGUUUCAAGCCGGAGAGGUUUGAGGGCAGUGAUGAACAUAGUUGUCCUAAACCAAUUCCUUUCGGGAUUGGAAGAAGGGCUUGCCCCGGGGCGGGUCUGGCCCAACGGGUCGUCGGGUUGACUCUGGCGUCUUUGAUCCAGUGCUUUGAGUGGGAGAAGGUUGUCGAGGAGGAGGAGAAAGAUAUUGACAUGGCGGAAGGCACCGGGCUUACCAUGCCAAAGCUGAUUCCGCUCCAGCUCAACUGUAGACCUCGCCCCAUCAUCCACAACAUGGUUCUUGCUGCAUAAUUGUUUGUCAAAACUCGAUGUUCUAUCACGUCUUUUUCCCCCCACGGUGUUUGUUGUGUGGUUUUCCUUCUGGUUUUCAUUUCCGUCGAUGUCAGAGUGAUGAACAAUAAAUAAAGGAAUUUCUCAAGUCUCUUAAGGAAAGACAACGACCCUUAGGCUUGUAAGAACCGUAGGAGUACUCGUCGUUGUUUGUUAAUGGUAGGGGUAGUGGGGAUGACAAAUUUUGAAACAUGGAACAUACAACAAACCGCAACCUAUUCAUUUCUAUUAAAAUGAGAAGAUAUAUGUGGUAAACACGCUGCUACUGAUCGAGAAAUUGUCGGAACCGAUAAAGCAGGAAUACAAAA